AUGGAUCCGAGAUUUCUUUGGCUUCGUCAGAAGCUCUCUCACUUCUUUGGCGUUUAUGAUUAUGAGCGCAUUGACAUUCUCCUAAAUGACAAUUUUGAGGGUAUCACAGAAUUUUUUGAAGCGGAAAUUGAUGGUGCAUCGAGUACGGAAAAGAGAGUCAUAUUUAUUUAUCGUACCUUCUAUAACCGCCUCGUUGAGACGGAAAUCACAGUUCUCGAAGAAGUACCGCAUGUUCAGACACCGGAACCUGAACCAGUUAGGGAGAAGAAACGCAAAGGCAAAGGGAAGGAGAAAAAGGGAAAAGAUCUGAAAGAGGAGGAUGCAGAAGUGAAACUUGAUCAUGAUUAUUUAUUAGAUCGACCAGAUGCUGCAAAAUUAUCUGAGAAAGAUGUGGAUGUUGGUACAUAUCUCGAAUUUGCAGCUGAAUUGGAGGAGGAAGUAACUGCAGAGCCAGAAGUGGAUUAUGUGGAGGUGAAGAAAAUUAUCCAGAAUUACGUGAAGACGCCGAUUCUCAAUUGCCACUUUGGUCGAAUUCCACAAGAAUCCUUCGACAGAGCUAUCAAUUACGUCUUCCUAAUCCGCAAGAACCCCUUCCCAGUUGUGCGAAAUCUUCUCGUGAAUAUUUUUCACGGAACGGCAAAUUAUCAUUUCCGCGAACCAAAGCUGGAGCAUCGUUCCACCAUUGAGGAUUCGCAGGAGGGUGACACAGAGAAAAUAUUGCCAGAUGGUGGCGAAGAAGAUGAGCAGGAAGAGAAAUUGGACCUGACGAGGCCCUCAGAGUACUGGAAUGUUGCAAUCACAGCAAAGCGAGCAGGAUUCUGCGCCAGCGGUGAUGACAGUCACUUGGAGUCUACGAGAAAAUUGUCCCUAACACCGCAGGUGAUGCCUCAAGCUCUGCUGGUGGUGGAGGCGAAAAAGCCAGAAGGGGAGGAGAACGCUGAGCCACUUGUUCGUAAGAUGCUCCUGAAUAGCAUUGAGAUUAUGGACAAACAACUAGAGUGGACAAUCUCGUGUGUCACAUCACACUUUACCCUCCCGACGGCGUACAAUCAAGCUGGGCAAGAGUACAUAACAUUCGAUGAGGACAAAAUAAAAAUUGCCAUUGAUCCGGAAAAUUGCAAUUUGGACAAUUACACCCAGCUGCAACUCGAGGAUGUUGUCAAUGGGUGGAUGAGAUAUACCAACAAGUUUAUAAAGAUGUAUAGCGAAAAGGAGCCAGACACUUUCAGUCCAAUUGCUGAGUACGAUCUGUGGAGGGAGCGGGAGAAGGAAUUCAACAAUCUCCUCGAGCAACUCAAUCACACUUUUGUUGCUUCUGUUCUUGCUAAACUCAAUGAAUUUAAAUCAGACAUCGAGAAUUUAUGGUCACCAUGCUUGGAGUCCCUCAAAACUUCAUAUUUUCUGGCAAGAGAAAAUUCAGAAUAUCUUAGUACACUUCAAAAAUAUCUCUUGACGAUUAAGACGAGUGAAAAUUUUCAACUUAUUCACACACUACUGCCAAAUUUAAUGCUGGCUCUUCGCCAUAUAUGGACAAUGUCCAGCUACUAUGGGCAGGAUGACAACAUGCGGGUUCUUCUGCAGAAAAUCUCCUUUGUGUUCACGGAGAAAAUCAAAGAUAUUAUGUCACUAAAGAAAUUAUUUGCAAACUCGGCUGUAUACAUUAACGAUCAAGCUACACAAUCAGCAAAUUUGCUACAGUCCUGGAAGAAAGCCUACAUUGAUACGAGAACAUUCAUUGAGGUGUCAAACAUAAGUUCUCGGUGGGAAUUUGACCGGAAUCUGCUGUUCCAAGAUGUCGAUCAUAUUGCUCAUAUCAGUCAGGACAUUGCGGAAAUUUCUCAGAUAUUUAUUGAAUUUGAAAAUAUGUUUAAUGCUAGACUCAAAUCAAUAAUUACCGACCCCGAGGAAGUAGAUAACAUCAUGAAGCGUGUCUACAGUCUCGUAGAUUUGAUUGUUCAGAUCGACUACGAUGUCUUUCGCAGUGGCAAUCUUGAGAACUGGAUGGCAACGUUGGAUUUGUUCAAAAGAAAAAUUCAAAUGUGCGAAACACAGGGAAAGUUUGUUCUCGACAACUGCAUCGAAUCGUUGCGUUCUGCUGAAUAUGGUUUAGAACUCAUUGCAGAUCUUCCGGUAAUCAAUACACGUCAAAUAUUCACUGAACAUAUGCAGCGGAAGUACGAGAGUGUGCUGAAAAAAUUCCUCACGGAAAUUACUCUUGUUGAAAAUGAAUUUAUGAAAAAUAUAACGAGUCCACCCCUCCUUCGGGAGCAACCACAUUGUGCGGGCACAAUAAUCUGGGAGAGAUUGCUAUAUCAACACUUGCGGAAAUCCGUCGUGGCUUUUCAACUGAUUGAGGGUGAUCCCAAAGUGGCAAAGACAUAUUUAAGCCAAAUUGCAAUGACACAGUACUUCGAUCUUACGCAGAAAAUGCUCAACUAUGAGAAGGAAUUCUUCAAGGAAUUCGAACAUAGAGCCAUCUACACCGUCAAUAGAGUUCUGCAAGGAAAUAUUCUAAGAUUGGAGUUUAUUGAUUCAAGUCAAUUUUCCCUUAGUACGAUCAAUAAACUCGAUGAGAGACAUACAUUUGCUUUGAAAAAGCGACGAGUGAUUAAUACAAAGUCAAAGGCAGUUCGAAAAUUCAUUUCAACAGCAAAUACCCUAAAAUGGCUGUUUUGUCGCCCUAAAGCUUCAAAUUUGGAUUUAGCAAAAGCCAAUGAAUACAUUAGGGGAAUGAGUAAAGAUGCUAAAUACCAUCGGCAAGUAAAAGAGGCGAAGUUUCUAAUAGCUGCAACGAAUCAAGUAAAAAUUCCAACAUGGACCGAAGUAAUUGGGAGUGAGAUACUCAUAAAAUUUAAUGUGAAAUUCGCAGUGAAUUUUUCACAUGACAUUUUCAACGUUAUUGCUGAGGGACAUCAAUUUGAAUACUUAGACUAUAAAAUGAAGCCAGUAAUACGAAUGGCAAUUAUGCGCAAAGACACCCUAUAUCUCGAUUUGAUCGCCGUCAGGGGAAUUAUUAGGAAGUACAAUGAAAUCAUUGAAAAACUCUCAAUAGCCGAGAUAUUUUUCCUGAAGGAUCUCCUGCAUGAAAUAGAAUCAAUUAUUCAAGCUGGACUUGGCAGAUAUACGUGGCAAGCAUUUAAUAUUACUACUUUCUGCGAGAGAUGUAAAAUGCUUUUGAAGCACUUGUCGGCGGUAGUUCUUCAAAUUCAAUAUAUUGCCAAUGAUGUGAAGCAACGUGUAUCGCGAAUUGAGAAUUUUUCCCUUAUGAUCCUGGGGAAUGAGAUAUUUGGACGUGGUGAGGCAGGGCAGGAAUUGAGAAAGAGUUCAUUACGGAAGCAAAGUAAGGAGUUUACCACUAGUAAAUCAUCAAAACGUGACUCACGUGUAACGAUUGUGGAACCAAAUUCAAUUUUGCCCUGUCACGAGUAUUUUCGUGAGCUCAAUAAUCGACGAAAUGAAAAAAUGAAUGUACUACAGCGGCAGUAUGAAUCAAUUGGGCCGCAAUUGAUUAAGCUGGAAUCCCUAGUGCUUGGCACCUAUACAGGUGAAUCGGAGAAAAUGGGUGAAUACUAUGAGCACUGGCAGCGUGAGAUAUUCCAUGCUCUGGCAAAAUUCACUCAAAAUAAUCUCAAUCAAUUUGUUGGGGUGCUCCGUGAUGAGCCCAUCUUUCAAGUGGAUGCCACCCUAUCAAUAACUGAAAUUAUAUUGCGACCCACUGCAAAGGAAAUCUACAACAUUGUCCUGCAUUCAGCCAAUGAUUUUCUCAAUCGCACAAAGACAUUUACGAGAUGGAUGCAAGGAACCUGCAUCCCAUGUACAUACCGCGUCAAAGUGGAGCACAUCGCCAUGGGGGUAGAUAGCACCGAUGCACACCACGAUGCACCCCCGAGUGUUUCCUUCUUUGAGGACAUCAUUCUCAAUCCCUCCAUUGGGCAUGCAAUCAAACAAAUUGAAACUAUCAUUGCUCAAUCAAUUGCAGACAUAAGGAAGUAUUUAACACGUUGGAAAAAAUACAAAAGUUUGUGGAUGUUUGAUAAAGCAGCAAUAUGUGAGAAGUUUUUAAACAAAGGGAUGCCUUUGAUUCGAUUAGACGAGAAAUUUCUCUUCUACAUGCAAAUUGUGUCGGAUCUUGCAAAGCAUAAACCCCAUUACGACGUUAAAGCGAUUAGGAUUAACCUUCGACCAUUAAUUGAGAGCGUAAAGACUCAUGCAAUCGAAUGGAAAAAUACACUUGGAAACAUUUUGGCUGAACGCACACGGAAUAAUAUGUUUCAACUGAGGAAUCAAAUUAAGAUUCUUAAGCGAGAUUUAGAUCGCAAUAUAAAUGGUUUGGUGGAUUUUAAGACUGUAAUGCAGACAAUUAGUACCAUUCAGUCAACAACGCUAACUGUGGAAAUUCAAGUGAAGGAAAUGCAGGAAAUCUUCAGCAUUCUCGAGGAGCACUGCAUUAGGUUUUCCUUCACAGAUAUGCUAAUGUCGUAUGAAUUGGAGAAAAGGUGGAAAAAACUAUAUAAAUCAUCACUGUAUCGUUCAGCUACGUUAGAAGUGGUUAAAACGAAGUUUGCAUCACUAACAUCCGUGGAAAUUAGUUCAUUCACGCUAAAUUUGGAUGAAUUCAUUAAAAAGUUUAACGACAUGGGGCCAGGAUCUGUUGGUGACGACAUGAAUCGGGGACUCGACUUGAUGGAUACAUUUGACUCACUCUUUGAUACGUAUGAAGCACAAAGACUCGAUCUAGUGAAUGCAGAAAAACUUUUCGAUAUGCCACUAACAGAUUACACGGGGUUUUUACGUACGAAAAAGGAUUUUGAAAAUUUGAAAAUGAUCUACAAACUCUACCGUCAACAGAGGAAUGCAAAGGAGAAUUGGUCGAAAACAAUGUGGGUCCACAUGAAUCCCAAUACAUUGACGAAUGGUAUGGAAAAUUAUAUGCAUGAAUUUCGUCUGUGGCCAUUGCAUAUCCAGGAAAUUCCCGUGGCACAGACAUUGAAGCGUAAGAUGGAGCACUUUAAGGAGUCCAUCCCACUCAUGCUGGCACUCAAGAACGACGCUCUGAGACGACGGCACUGGGAGCGUCUUAUGACUGAGACAAAUUGCAUGUUUGACCAUGAAAGUGGGGAAAAAGUUCUCCUUGAGAGUAUCUUUGCUAUGAAAUUGUACAAGCACCGGGACACAGUCAAUGAAAUACUAACUACAGCAGUUAAGGAACUUUCCAUUGAGAAUGCAAUGAUCGUUAUUGAGACAACGUGGGAUGAGAUGACUUUUGCAGUUCUGGAGCACUUAAAGGAAGGCGAAAGAAGAGGCUUCAUACUCGGUAACAUUGACAACAUAACACAAGCCCUCGAGGAUAACUUUGUGAAAUUGCAAUCAAUGUCGUUUUCUCCUGUUAUUGGGCCAUUUCUGGAUGAUGUCAAAGAGUGGGAGAAGAAGUUAUCUCUGGUAUCUGAAAUUAUUGAUGCUUGGAUAAAUGUACAAGCUAAAUGGCUAUAUUUAGAAGGUAUCUUCAUUGGAACAAAUAUUAGAGAUGAAUUGACUAUUGAAGCGCAACAAUUCGAUAGUAUCGAUAGAGAAUACCGGGAGAUUAUGCAGCACUGCGCUAAAGAGCUGAAUGUGAUACCCGUGUGUAUGAUGCCAAAUCGAUUGGAAACAUUUAAGAGGCUCAGCAGUGGAAUGGAGAGAUGCCAGAAGGCACUGGAUGACUUUUUGGUGAAAAAGCGUCAAAUAUUCCCACGAUUCUAUUUUAUAUCAUCCGAUGAGCUACUAUCGAUUCUCGGGCGAACACGAGAAAAUCCGCUCACCAUUCAGAGCUACAUUAUAAAAAUGUUCGACAAUGUUAGGUCGCUGAAGACCUCCCAGAUGGAUGAUAUUAGUAGUCACCUUCCGCCCACCGCCCAGGGUGUAGAAUUGCAAAUGCCGAGGCCCACUAAGCUAAUGUCUGUGGUGGGUAUGAUAGCGGAGAAUGGAGAGCUACUAAACUUCCGAAAUGCUGUGCCGCUUAAUGGUGGUGCCGAAGAAUGGAUGAACGCUAUACUAAGUGAGAUGCAAUUGUCAAAUCGCUACGUAUCGAAGAAGGCAAUUUAUGACUUUGGCAUCCACAAAGAGUGCCCCAGGCUCUCCUGGAUCCAAUCCUAUCCCACAAUGGUUGUUGUUGUGGCGAAUCAAAUUUGGUGGACGGCACAAGUUGAGGAGGUCUUUGCCAAAAUUGAAGAAGGAAAUAGAGAUGCAAUGAAGGAAUAUUUGGAGACACAGAAUGCCCAACUGGAAUGCAUUGUGGCUGUGAUACGUGGUGAAUUGACACCGCGUGAGCGACAGAAGCUGAAAAUUCUCACGAUAAUUGAUAUCCAUGCCCGUGACACCAUCGAUGGCUUCGUACAGGAUUCCGUGUGCGACAGCCAGGAGUUUCGAUGGGAUCGCCAAUUGCGCUUCUACUGGCUCAAAGAGUUCGACAAUAUAGUGGUUGUCCAGUGCGGUGGUCGUUUCAUGUAUGGAUACGAGUAUGUUGGCCUGACUAGCCGAUUAGUAAUGACUCCACAGACAGAUCGGAUUUACUUGGCCAUCACACAGGCCCUUACGUUGAAUUUGAGCGUGGCACUAGAGGGUGGUGCUGGUACGGGGAAAACGGAAAUUAUCAAGGAUUUGGCGAAAACGAUGGCGUUGCUGUGUGUCGUAACAAAUUGUGGUCAUGGUCUCGAUUAUCCUGCAUUUACGGCAAUACUGUGUGGACUUGUACAGUGCGGUGUAUGGGGAUGCUUCGAUGAAUUCAAUCGCAUUGACAUCACACUAUUGAAUGUUAUAUCAACCCGACUGCAAGCAAUUAGAAGUGCAUUAGUUAUGAAGACCUUUCACAUGAUUUUUGAUGAUCGGGAAAUUCAAUUGGAUAGAAAAGUCGGGAUCUUUGUGACUAUUCACCCAGCAUAUUUGGGUCGAACUGAACUCUCGCAAUCAAUUAAGUCCUUUUUUCGUCCAAUAACGUGCUUGGCACCCGAUUACGAGGCAAUUUGCAUGAUUCUGCUCUUCUCAGAGGGCUUCACAGCGGCCAAAUUGUUGGCACGAAAAAUGACGACACUGUACAAGCUGGCAAAGAGUCAGCUGUCGCGUCAGAAUCACUACGACUGGGGCAUACGUUCCCUAAUGACCAUCCUUACCCAGGUGGGUGAGAUGAAGCGAAAUCAACCAGACGGAUGUGUUGAAUCGGCAAUUGUGGUUCGUGUACUGCGUGAUGUCAAUUUCAUUAAACUGAUUCCGGAUGAUGUGAGAAUUUUUCUCAAUUUAAUCAAAGAUCUAUUUCCGGGCGAAAGCAUGGAGGGUCACGGUGGUGACGCACAAAUCAACAAUGCCAUUGCAGAGAGCUAUCGGACACUCAGGUAUGCCACUGUGGGUGAACAGGAAAUUAAAGUACGGCAACUUUGGGAAACAAUCACAAGUCAUCAUACAGUAAUGCUUCUGGGUGGGACAGGGGGUGGGAAGAGUACGGUGCAGAGAAUCCUCUUGGAGGCACUCAAUUCCCACCUAAAUUGGAUCGUAAAGUCCAUUACGUUGAAUCCAAAGGCAUACUCCAUCGGUGAAUUGUAUGGGUAUUUUGCAUUGGACACCCACCGAUGGCACGAUGGUCUCAUCUCAAAGAUUUUUCGCGAGAUAAAUACCACAGUGGUGCGGGAGAAUGAGCGCAGAUUUAUCUGCUUCGACGGAGAUGUUGAUCCGCAUUGGAUAGAGAAUAUGAACAGCGUGCUGGAUAACAAUAAAUUACUUAUCCUCACAAAUGGUGAACGUAUACAGCUUCAGAAUCACUGUACGUUGCUCUUUGAAAUUGGUCAUCUAAAAUAUGCUAGCCCAGCAACAAUCUCACGUUGUGCUGUGAUUUAUAUUGAUCCUAUAAAUCUGGGCUUUGUGCCAUAUUGGCGGAAAUGGCUGGACGAAUAUGAAAAUAAUGGGGAAAAGCAACAAUUAAUAAAACUCUUUGACCGCUACAUCGUGCCAACACUGAAGAUUCUCACCCACUCAAUGCCCAACGACGACACCCAGGAGGAAACAACUCAUAUCUCAAUGGUCAUCGAGAGGAGUGCUCUGAGCCUGGUGAUACAAUUCUGUGACAUAUUUUCCACCUUCUGUCCCACCACUUCAUCUUACACCGCAGAUGUUCUUGAGUGUCACUUCAUAUGUUGCCUUUACCUCUCUCUCGGUGCCACAGUUGCUGAGGGUCAUCGAGAAAAAUUUGAUCAAUUUGUCAAAAUGAAAAUCAAUAGGACCACCAUCCUGGAUACAAAGGAAAAUCCCGCAAAUGCCACACAACUGCCCAUCAGUCGAAAAACCCUCUAUGAGUAUUUAUUUGAUCCUGAGAAAAAUUUAUGGAUAGCUUGGGAGUGGAUUGUCCCAGAUUCUCCAUCUCAGUUGGUCUGCACAAAAAGAUAUCAGGAUAUCCUAGUGCAAACUGCCGACACUAUUCAAAUUAAUUACCUCUUGAGACGCAUAAAUAAAAUUAAUCGACCGAUUGUGGUGAUUGGUGAUGUGGGAUCAGCAAAAACCACCCUCAUUAAUAAUUUCCUCAUGCAACAAAAUGGGAAGCAGAACGUGAAACUCAAUUUAAAUUUUUCAUAUCGAACCAAAUCAUUGGAUGUACAGAGUGCCAUUGAAGGGAUGAUAGAGAAACGCACAAAAUUCAUAUAUGGCCCGGCAAUGGGCAAACACGUAUCGGUGUUCAUUGAUGACAUGAAUAUGCCGCAUGUUGAUGAGUAUGGCACACAGGAACCAAUAGCUCUGCUGAAGCAGCUCCUCGAGUACGAAGGACUUUUUGAUCGCUCCAAUGAUCUUCGAUGGAAACUCAUUCGUGAUUUGAGCUUCUUUGCCGCGAUGGGUCGUCCUGGGGGUGGACGGAAUGACAUUGAUGGGAGAUUCCUUUCGAAAUUCUUUGUUCUCUACGUCCCACCACCCACCGAAAACACCCUCAGACAUAUUUACACCUCCAUCCUUCGGGGGCACUUUGCCGACUUCGCUCCAUCCAUUCAACUCAUCACUGACGUCAUUAUUCAAAUGACAGUGAAUCUCUUAAGGAUCAUUCGUCAUGAUUUACCUCCAACUCCAAGUCGCUUUCACUACAUUUUCAACAUGAAGGACUUGUCACGAAUAUGCGGUGGCAUUAUGCAAACACAUCCGGAUCUCUUUAAGGAUUCUCGACAAAUUCUCAGAUUGUGGCGCAAUGAAUUUUCUCGUGUCAUUUGCGAUCGUUUUAUAUCACGAGAGGAUUGGAAUUUAUUUGCAAAGCACCUCACCAAUGAAGUUGAACACCAUUUUCCGCCGUGUGAAAGUGCACCCGGUACAAGGCGAGAGGUUGAUGGUAUGCACCUCAGACAAAUGGGUGACACUUCAUCCACUGUGCAUUCAUCUGAUGAAGGAUGUGGAAGUAGAUUACCAUUGGGAGAAGAGAUGUCAAAAGAAAUUCCAGUGCAUGAGUACAUCCUCCGGGAUCCCCUUCUCUUUGGUGACUACCGAAAUACAGUGAAUGAUGCAAAGCAUCGCUACUAUGAGGACCUCCUUGACUACGAAGCCAUAUACUUCCUCUUUCAAGAGAUCCUUGAUGAAUACCAGCAGCGGAAUCGUUUAAGAAAAUUAGAUUUGGUACUAUUCGAAGACUGCCUUGAGCAUUUAACACGACUCCAUCGACUUUUACGAAUGAAUAGGGGGCAUGCGACACUUGUGGGGCUAGAUGGGUUUGGGAGGCAGAGCAUGUGCAAAUUGGCGGCUUUUGCAGCUGAAUGUGAUUUAUUUAAGAUUGUUAUCGACCGCAACUACUCUGAGAAUACAUUCCGAAGUGAUUUAAAGCGAUUGUAUCAGCAAUUGGCCACUAAGAGCAGAAAGACCGUCUUUAUGCUCACCGAAAACGAGCUUCUUCAUGAUUCAUUUCUGGAGCAUAUUCACAAUAUCCUCACAACUGGCACAGUGCCAACGUUGUUUACUGAUGACGAAAAGAAUGCUCUAAUUGGAAAUCAUCAACAAGUUGACCAGCAGUUUGAUUACCAACAAAUUCGCCGAGAUCUAUGGUCAAAAUUCUUGGAUGGAUGCAUGGAUAAUUUGCAUAUCGUCCUUUGCAUAUCACCUGUGGGCGAUAGCUUCCGACGUCGAUGCAGAUAUUUUCCCAGCCUAAUUGGUGAGACAACAAUCAAUUGGAUUUUUCCUUGGCCCGAGCAAGCUCUCUUCACCGUUGCACGGGUUUUCCUUGCAGAGCAUCCCCAGAUACCGGAAAUUCACAGGGAGAAUAUUAUAUGCCAUGUUGUGCAUGUUCAAAAAACAAUUGUGCAUUAUGCGAAAGAGUUUCUUAAGAAAUUUCAACGAAGAUUCUACGUUACUCCGAAGCAUUAUUUGAAUUUUUUACACAUGUUCCUCAAUCUAAUUGAAAAAUAUCAAUCUUCAAUGUCGACUCAGCACAAUAAACUUCUCGAAGGUAUAAAUAGAGUAACAGAAGCUGUUGAGCAAAUAGACCAAUUGAAAAUUAUGGUAGAAGAGCAACAGAGGAAUGUUGUAGAUUCAGAGGAGAAGUGUGCAUCGAUGUUGAACAAUAUCGAAAAUUUGCGAGAGAAGAUAAAUUUGAAGCAAACUGAAAUAUCAUUGAAAUCAAUUGAUGUGAAAGAAAGGACAAAACAAAUUGAAUUGGAAAAAACAACAGCAGAAGAAGUUUUAAUGGCUGCAAUUCCAUUACUGGAGAAGGCACGUCUAGCCCUUGGUGAUCUUGAGAAAUCUGAUAUAACGGAAAUCAGGAGUUUUGCCACGCCGCCGGAAGCUAUUCAGGUGCUCUGCGAGUGUCUUUUAAUAUUGAAAGGCGCCAAAGAUGUUUCUUGGAAGGCAGCCAGGACUGUUAUGGCUGAGGCAGACUUCUUGAAGAAUUUGCAGGAGAUGAAUUGUGACACAAUUACUCAGAAACAAUUGACAGCAGUGAAAAAUCACAUGAAGAAAACGACAAAAAUGGAAGAUAUGAAGGCCAUAUCGAAGACGGGAUAUGGAUUACUCAUGUUCCUCAAGGCGGUAAUCCAAUACUGUGAAAUGGUGAGGGAGGUGAAACCCGUGCAGGAAAGAGUGAAGAAAUUGGAACAGGAGCUCUGUGAUGAAGUAGCAUUGGUAAAUGGAAUGAAUGAAGAAGUUAAAUCAACGCAAGACGAAUUGUCCAAUUACUCAGUUGAAUAUCAGAAACUAAUCGAAGAGAAGCAAGUGCUGCAGGAGAUGUUGGAGCAGGCAGAAAGACGAUUAUUCACGUCUGAUAGGAUGAUGAUCGGCUUAAAGUCUCAGCUGGAGAAAUGGUCAAGUGAUUUAAAUAAGUUAGAAGUGGAUAAACCGAAAGUUGUUGGCAAUUGUUUGCUCUCAGCGUCUUUUUUGUCCUACGCCGGACCCUUUUCCUCCAACUUUCGACAAUCCAUUGUGUAUGACGAUUGGUAUUUGGAUAUUCUUGCCAAGGAGAUUCCCAUCGAUACCCCAUUUAAAAUCCAAAAUGUCCUCUUAACGGACGAUAGUGAUAUAAUUUUAUGGUCAAAAGAUGGUCUACCAAAUGAUGAUUUUUCCCAGGAAAAUGCAAUUCUCACCCUCUAUUCAAUGCACUUUCCAUUGUGUAUUGACCCACAGCAACAAGCGUUAGAGUGGAUAAAGUCCAUGGAGGAGAAAAAUGAUGUGAAAGUCACAAAUUUUAGUGACACAAACUUUCUACGGGAGCUCGAGAGUGCCAUUGAAUGUGGACGCCCAAUUGUAUUCGAGGACAUCGAUGACUAUGUGGAUUUGAUAAUUGAAAAUGUCCUCGUGAAGAAUGUUAUUGUGCACGAGGAUGGACAUCAAUUUGUUAUGGUGGGUGACCAUCGAGUGUCUUUCAAUGCUAACUUUCGACUCUAUCUCGUGACAAAAAUGUCCAAUCCGCAUUUGUCCUCCGUGAUCUUUAGUCAGGCAAGUGUUAUCAAUUUCACAUUGACCCAUAGUGGAUUAGAGGAUAAACUCCUUACGAUAGCUGUGGGUAUGGAGAGGCCAGAUGUUGAGGUGGAACGAAAUCAAUUGGGCAUGGAGAUUGUGGCAAAGAGGCAAAUGCUGAGGGAGCAGGAAGUGUUCAUCCUACAUGAAUUGGCAACUACAAUUGGGAAUAUUCUUGACAAUAUUGCCCUUAUCUCAACAUUGGAAAUGUCUAAUGCCAAAUAUGAAGACAUAUGCCAGCAUCUCAGUGAUGCCUCCCAGAAGAUACUGGACAAUGAUAGUGUGCGCAACCUCUAUCGGGAUAUUGCAUGCUACGGUGCAUGCGUUUACCUAGCUAUAGCUGAUAUGGCACAAGUAAAUGUAAUCUAUCAGUAUUCAUGGGCGUCUUUCAUCACCCACUUUCAAGAGACACUCACAAGUGUCACUGAGAGAGAUACCCUAGAGAUGAGAGCCACCACGAUCAAGUACACCCUCCUGAAGAACAUAUAUAAUUGGUGCACUGUUGGGAUUUUCCAGCGCGAUCAAUUGCUCUUUACAUUCGGCAUAGUCCUCAAAUUGGGCGUUCAAUGUGGUGAUUUGCAUCAACGCGAAAUUGAUUUUCUUCUCGGUGGCUCAUCCAUGAAUACCAUUGAGGUGGAUGCUGGCAGCGCUGAUGCCAGAGGCGAUGAACCAUUGCCACAAUUAAAAUUCAUGACAAAAAGAGGAAUGGAUGAUGCUCGUAAAUUGGUAAAAGAAUUUCCUGAUAAAUUCAGUGAACUUGUCGCAAGUAUUGAAAUGCAAUGCGAUUUGUGGGAAGUGUGGUGCCACUCGGAGGCACCUGAAGAUUUAUCAGUGCCACUAAUGCCACAUGUGAAUAAUUUCGAGAAACUGAUGGUACUACGCUGCUUUAGGCGAGACCGCCUGUAUCGAGCUAUUCACAAGUACGUCAUCAAUGCGUUGGGGGAGGAAUUUGUAGAGCCCACAAUAAUCAAUUAUCGCGAAAUUCUGGACGAAACAUCAUCGAGCGUGCCAGUGAUUUUUGUUAGCACCCCAGGGACAAAUCCCACGGAGGACAUUGUCAAACUCUCAUCGUCACCUGACAUGGUGCGAAUGAUCUCACUGGGUGUGGGCCAGGAGGCGAGAGCAUGGAAAUUGCUGGAAGAGUGCAUGACAACUGGGCAGUGGCUUUUGUACGAGAAUGCUCACAAUUUGCCAAAAUUUAUGCGACAGGUCGAGCAGUAUUUCCAUCGGUUGAGGGACGUUGAUGAAAAUUUCCGGCUGUGGAUAACAAUGAGCGAAAGUGAUGUAUUCCCCACUGGACUUUUGGAGAAAUCCGUGAAAAUUGUAACUGAAAUCCCUGUGGGGCUAAAGCACAAUCUCAAAUCCACCAUCAGUCGCAUUGACUUUGCAGCACUCGAAGCAUUUGACCAUCCCGCCCUAAAGCCCCUCGUCUUUGUCCUUACAUUUUUUCAUGGUGUCGUGCAGGAGCGCCGACGGUACGGAAAGAUUGGUUGGAACAUCCCGUAUGAAUUUAAUGACACCGACUUCAACAUUUCCCAGCAAAUCCUCUGUCUCUACCUCACUAAAGCCCUCACGUCCCGGCAAUCAAGAAUCUCCUGGGACAUUCUCAAGUGCCUCAUCGGGGACAUUGUGUACGGCGGAAGGGUGUUUGAUGAGUACGACAAUAGGGUCGUGUCGUCCUAUAUGGAUGAAUAUUUUGGUAACUUCCUCUUUGACACCUUUCAACCAUUUCAUUUUGCUGAGGAUUUCAACGUACACUACACAUUCCCUAUAUCAGCCACAAAGCAGCAAUUUAUCGACACCAUUGAUAGUUUGCCUUUGGACACUUCAGCGGAAUUUCUGGGUCUUCAUACAAAUGCCGAGAUGACGUACUACAAGAAUGCAAUUGAAAUAAUGUUGAGAAAAAUGAGAAAAUUCCAACCAAAAGAAGGUGAUGAAGAUUCAAAGGAGGUUGAAACGUCUCGAACGGAGAUAAUCCAAGACAUUGUCAGCGAUAUUUUGGGACAAAUUCCGAGACAGUACGACAUUGAAAAGGUGAGGAAGGCGUAUCAGAUUAACAUUACACCGACUGGGGUGGUUCUAAUACAGGAACUGGAGCUGUUCAACACACUCAUUCACCACAUGAAGAGGCACUUGAUGCUCAUCAAAGAGGCAAUUUCGGGCGAUGCUCAAAUGGAUGAAGUAUUAGAAGUUGUAGUGGAUGCCCUCUUCAGUGGCAGAUUACCCGAUGAAUGGAGAAGAUUUGCACCUGAAACGUGCAAGAGCCUUGGAGGGUGGAUGGAGCAUCUUCAGAAACGGAAUCAGCAAUACAAGUAUUGGUCACUUUCAGGAGAACCUCUUGUAAUGUGGCUCUCGGGGCUUCAUGUACCAAGGAGUUAUAUAACAGCACUCAUUCAGAUUGCCGCCAGGGAGAACAAUUGGCUGCUUGAACGCUCGACGACGUUCACAACCGUUACAGAUGUCCUGGUUGAUGACGACAUUGAGGAACGUCCAUUCUGCGGAUGCUACACAAGUGGUUUGUUCCUCCAGGGAGCCAGAUGGGAUGCCACACAGAAUUGCUUGGCGAAAUCCCAUCCCAAAGUUCUCAGCGAACAAUUGCCCGUGGUUCUCAUAACACCCACAGAGGAACACCGGCUGAGGUUGCAGAACAUUUUUCAGGCACCCGUCUACACGACCUCCAAUCGACGCGACAAACGCGAGCAGGGCUUUGAGUUUCAAGUGGAUUUACGGACGAGUGCUCACGAGAGUUUCUGGGUACUUCACGGAGUUUGUCUUCUACUAAAUACCGAUUAA